AUGGCAUCCGACUUUCAAUCCAUUCCCGUUAUCGACCUCUCGCUCGCGGAGUCACCCGAGACACGUCCAGGGCUUCUGGAACAGCUCCACUACGCCCUCACACAGGUCGGCUUUCUGUACGUGUCGAAUCACAGCGUGCCUCGAGAGGUUAUACAAGACCUGAGAAACCUGCUCCCUCGACUCUUCGAGCUGGACCAAGAGGCCAAGGAAAAAGUGGCCCUUCAUAACUCGCCGCAUUUCCUAGGUUACAGCCACGUCGGAUCGGAAACGACAGCCGGAGCCGAAGAUAGGCGUGAGCAAUUCGAAUUUGCGACAGAGUUGCCGAAUUCCUGGCGAGAUGGACGUCCUCUGUAUGAAAGAUUAAUGGGGCCUAAUCAGUGGCCGUCCGAUGACCCCCAGACCCGGAAGUUUGUUGAGAGGUACAUUCAGGAGCUCACACAACUUGGUGAACGAUUUCUGGCACUCGUUGCUGAGGCUCUUUCCGUACCUUCGAAAGCCCUCUUCUCAUUCCUCUCAUAUCAGCAUCGUCUCAAGCUUGUUCACUAUCCACCCUCAGAUCCUUCAUUAGGCUCUCGUGCACAGGGAGUUGGUCCGCAUAAGGACUCAUCCGGCUGGUGGACAUUCCUCUUGCAAGCAUCCCCUCCCCAUGUCAAGGGACUACAGGCACUCAACAAGAAUGGUGAAUGGAUUGAUGUUCCCGUCAUUCAAGACACUUUCGUCGUGAAUAUUGGACAGGCUUUCGAAGUGGUGACACAUGGGGUCUGCAAAGCUACAACUCACCGUGUGCUAUCUGGCCCUCUCGAAAGAUAUAGUGUUCCGUUCUUCCAGGGUGUCCGUGGUAGUCUAACCAAAGGGGAGGCAUUGGGGACCUUGAAGGACUAUUUUGGUACCAAGAGGUCAUCAUCGGAAGUCGAUGCAGGGGUUCAUAUCGACUCGGCUUUUUUGCGUGGAAAUUAUGAUACAUGGGGCGAGUCACAACUGCGGACAAAGAUCCGAAGUCAUCGUGAUGUGGGACGGAAGUUUUACGCCGAUUUAUUUGACCAGUAUCUCAACGAUAGUUGA